ACCAGACACCUCCAUCAAGCUGCACCGACCAAACACUCACUCAAGUGGAUACUCUUGAGCUUCGACGCAUCCAGCGACCACGAUCCCGGCCACAAUGGCCUCUGCCUUCCACGCCCCGAUGCUCUCAGAGCAACCUGGCUACUCAUUCGCAUCAGCUCCACAAGACCGCUCCGCACCUCGCCAACACGGCUUCUACCCAUACACCGACAACGGCGGCUCAACGCUAGGAAUCAGCGGCGAAGACUUCACAAUUCUCGCAGGCGACACACGUUCCACCUCCGGCUACAACAUCAACACACGUUACGCGCCCAAACUCUUCAAAAUCGGUGGCGAAGGACCCGACCACGUGGGCGCAAAAAUCGUCCUCUCAGUCGUAGGGUUCGCAGCAGAUGGCAACGCCCUGAAAGAACGUCUCGACACCAUCGUCAAAAUGUACAAAUACCAACACGGCAAGGACAUUUCCAUCGGAGCUUGCGCUCAGAGAUUAUCCCACAUCCUCUACGGCAAGAGAUUCUUCCCGUACUACGUGACUGCGAUUUUGGGAGGGAUUGAUGAGGAGGGAAAGGGUGCUCUGUACUCUUAUGAUCCUGUGGGAAGUUAUGAGAGGGAACAGUGUCGGUCUGCUGGUGCCGCGAGUUCGUUGAUCACGCCGUUUUUGGAUAAUCAGGUCAAUCUGAAGAAUCAGCAUGACCCUCAGGCGCCGCAGGGUUUGAACAAGACGGCGCUGGUGCCGAGGCCGUUGAGUCGGGCACAUGUGGAGGAUUUGGUGAAGGAUGCGUUCACGAGUGCUGUGGAGAGACAUAUUGAGGUCGGUGAUGGUCUGCAGAUGAUGAUCAUCACGAGGGAUGGCAUUCAGGAGACGUACUCGCCGCUGAAGAAGGAUUAGGCGCAGUCGGAGAGGAGCGGAGGAGUCCUGUACGAUACCAUACCAUGCGUCAACAUGAGCGCGCUUGUGCAGAGUAUAGCAUGGCGAUCGGAGUCAGGCUACUAGUGCAAAUGACAUACAAUAAGAUGCGAUACUUCAACC